AUGCAGAUCAUUCUUGUACUCACAGCCCUCAUUGUGUCGACCUUUGCGACCCUCACCAGUGACUCGUCUGUCACGCCAAUCGCGUUGUACAACAACAAUUGCGAAGGAAGCAGCCGCUGCUCACAUUCUCACGUCUCCAAUUGCGAGACGGCUAUAGCCAGCGUAGAUCCUGGUGCCACCUACUACGACAAGGACUCGUUCUCAGUUGGUCAUUGUUACAUGGUUUAUAACACAAAUGGUGCCGGGUCUUAUCCCGUGAGCGGCCAAACCAUCAUAGACACCGCUAACACCAUAUUGUCGACCUGCUCGAAGGCGUGUGGCAGCUACAGCACGAACAACGACUGCGCCACCUGCCAUGUCACAUUGAACUACCGAGCUUGA